AAUGUUUUAUUGUCAUUUCCCCCGGCCUUGUCAUUGUCAUUGAUGUAUAUCUAUAUAUUGGUUUUAUUGGUUACUUACCAGAAUAACAAUGGCAUAUUAAAUGUUAAGGACUGGAAUUUUUAAUUCUUUUCAGAUCUCUCCUGUGAAAGUGACAAUGGAAUAUAUACAACUGCUCAUAUUAGGAUAUUUAAUAACAGUAUGCUCUUCUGCACGUUUGGACACACAAAAACAUUCAAAUAGAUAUGAAAAUAAUGCUUCAUUUAGUGCUAGUUCAAAUAGACCAAAUCAAAUAUAUAGAAGCGAAAGAUCAAAUGUGCCAAGACAAAUUUCUGGGAAUGUUGGUUCAAAUAUGCCAAAAAGAAUAGUUAUUGGUUCAAAACCGGGAAUGAAGAGUUUUUCUUUUAAAUCUGCAACUAAAAAUGGAGCAAAUUUUCAGCCGCAAAUGUCACAUAAAAACAAUAUACCAUCAACACCAAAAGAUGUAAAUCAACAACCUCGGCCUAGCAGUAUGAAUCAAAACCAACAGCCACGGCCCAGACAGACGAACCAACCACAGUCUAACGGUCGGAAUCAAAACCAACAGCCACGGUCCAGGCAGACGAACCAACCACAGUCUAACAGUAUGAAUCAAAAUCAAAAUCCGAGGCCAAAGCAGGCGGAACUAUCUCAUACUAACAGUAUCAACCAAAAUCAAAAACCGGGUCCGUCCCACACGGAACCUUCACAUUCUAACAGAAUAAACCAAAAUCAAAAACCAAAGCCCAAGAAGACGGUACCAUCACAUUCUUUUAGUAUGAACCGAAAUCAACAACCAAAACAUUCUUACAGUAUAAAUCAGCGUCAACAGCAACAAAAUAGGCCACCAUUUUCACAACAAACAAAUCGGCAGUUUCAAAGGACAUCUUCGAAGCCACAAUCUAAUGUAAACCAACCACAGAUACCUACUAAUUCGAAACUUCCACCGCCGCCGUCAAAUAUGAACCAACCACAACCACAUCCAAAUUUCAACCAACCACUACCGCCUCCAAAUUUGAACCAACCACAACAACCUCAAAAUUUGAAUUUAAAGCAACCAUAUUAUCAACCAAAUGUGAAUCAACCAAAACCACCACCUAAUGUGUAUCAACCACAACCACCCCCAAAUAUACAUCGACCACAGCCCCAACCAAAUGUGAACCAAAGACAGCAAUAUUCCAAACCAAAUGUGAAUCAAAGACAGCCACCACCAAAUGUGAAUCAGCAACAACCCCAACAAAAUCUGAAUCAACGACAGCCACCACCAAAUGUGAAUCAACAACAGCCCCAACAAAAUCUGAAUCAACGACAGCCACAGCCCCAACAAAAUCUGAAUCAACGACAGCCACAGCCCCAACAAAAUUUGAAUCAACGACAGCCACAGCCUCAACAAAAUCUAAAUCAACGACAACCACCACCAAAUGUGAAUCAACCACAGGCCCAACAAAAUUUAAAUCAACGACAGCCACCACCAAAUGGGAAUCAACCACUUAAUCAAGGUUCUGAUUUUCAAUAUCAUACAGUAGUGGCUUCUAACAAUCCUAACAAUGCGCAAACAUUUGUGUUUACUGCUUCAUCCUCCCAAGCGUUCCCACAAGGUCCACCUCGACAUUAUCAGUCUCCACCACCUGGACAGUUCCAGGUCCCACCAAAAGCCCCACCUGCAAACCAACAAGUAUACCAAAGACCUCCAAUACCACCUCACAUGAUAAAUCAGCCGCCAAUGGUACCACAAGGACUAGUGACCGGUAAUGCUCUUUCAGCAAGUAAUCUAUCCCAGGGACAGCUUGUUCUUGGUUCUAUUCAACAAGUUCCGGUAAACGCAGGACCUCAAAUUGUUCAACAACCAGUGCAGGAUUUUACUGUUCAAACCUCACUUACUAAUAACGUAAAUUUGUUACCUCAACUGCAACAGGGCGUUCAACAACAACAAAUCUUACUUCAACCACAAGGACAACAAGCACCUGUUCAAAUCAACCCAGCGCAACAAGUUGGCCAACCACAACAAACAGUAAACCAAUCAGUACAACCUGCUCAGGCAAAUCAAAUUCAACAAGGCAAUCAACCUUUGUCUCCUGUUAAUCAACCAAUUCAAUCCAUUACUCAAACACAAUUAUCUCCAAAUAAAUCCGUACAAACGAUGGUGUCUAGUCAGCAACAACAACUAUUUAUGCAGCAGCAGCAACAACUAAUUCCUAUUCAAACACAACCCGUCAAUCUGCAGCAACAGCAACCAGGAAUGCCUAUUCAAAAACAACCGGUCAAUCUUCAGCAACAACAUCAAGCGAUGUCUUCUCAAACACAACCCGUCAAUCUGCAGCAACAGCAACCAGGAAUGCCUAUUCAAAAACAACCGGUCAAUCUUCAGCAACAACAACAAGCAAUGUCUUCUCAAACACAACCCGUCAAUAUGCAGCAACAGCAACCAGGAAUGCAUAUUCAAACACAACCCGUCAAUAUGCAGCAACAGCAACCAGGAAUGCAUAUUCAAACACAACCCGUCAAUUUUCAGCAAAAUCAACAAGCAUUGCCUAUUCAAACACUUCCUGUCAAUCUUCAGCAACAGCAGCAACAUCAAGUGGGAUUUUCACCUGUUCCUCAAUACCCGCAUCAACAACAGAGAUAUAUCUAUCAACCUCAAUAUCAUCGUGGUGUCUAUCAACCACCAGUCUAUCAACCUCCAGUUAAAUACACUAGACCUGUUACACCAAGGCCAACUCAUCAACCAACUACUACAGCAACUACAACAACAACACCGAAACCUCCUCCACAAACUGAAGCUCCCGAAUAUGAAGGAUUAGAGGUUGAAGGACCAACCCAUGCUCCGCCUCAAAGUUAUCAACCUGGGUCAACUCAGCAUCAGCAACAUCCUUACUAUCCACCGACUAGAACACCAAUGCAGGACUUUUUUAUGAUGUAUCCUUUAAUUGACUACUACUUCAAGUAAGGAUUUACGCUUGCUCGGCAUACCUUAAAAAGUGGUAAGAUGAAGGCAAUCAAAAAAAUAUUUAUGCUCAAUGGGACUUUUAUCGAUAAGUUGCGUAUAACGCAAAUAUUUCGAAUGGUUUGGAUCUUUUCGAUUAUAGAAGAGGUUUAUAUUUCUUGCGAAUACUUUCUACGACGUUGCAGAUGGAACUCGUCAGUUCGUUGUUUGUUUUUACAAAAUAAACUACAUGCAGAAAGUGUAAGGACAAAUUUUUUGAGCGUUUUGAAAAAAAUACAUCUAAUAUUUGUCAAACUGUGUAAUAAUUGCAUUGUUAUAAUGUUGGUAUUUAUUUAAUUGUUUCUAAAUUGUUUGUGAAUAAUAAAAUAUAAUUUGAUGUU